AUGAAAUUAUCAAAUUCAUUUUUGUUAACAAUACUACUUGUAAGUUGUUAUUGUUUAACAUUGUCAUCGGCAAAGAAUGUAAAGCAUACAACCUAUGAUGAUCAAUUACAAAGAAUGGUGUAUGACGAUGCUCAAUUCACAAUCAACACCACUGCUACCUGUACCACAUGUACUGGAAACCUCACCUAUUGGUGUGCAUCAUCAUCAAACUGUUUGACUGCACUCACCUCCAAUAUCACACUUGCAAGCUUCCCCCAAUGUGGUGAUGGUUGGUGUAGUGGAUCUAGUUGCCAAUGUGAUGCUGUUUGCUUAAACUCCUUUUGGCCAUGCAGUGGUACAGUCGGUGGAAUGAUAUUAUUAAUGGCUAUUUAUGGUGCUAUUUUAGCAUUUGGAGCAAAGAUUAUUUCAGAUGGAUCUGAAUUAUUAAUGGAAGUAAUUGAUGCAGGUAUUAUUGGUGGUUUGUUGUUACCAUUGUUAUCGGCAUUCCCAGAUGCUAUGAUUAUUAUUAUGAGUGGUGCCUUUUCAUCGGACCCACAAACACAGUUGGCCGUUGGUAUUGGUACAUUGGCCGGUUCGACCAUUAUGUUGUUGACUAUUCCAUGGUCGGCCAGUAUGGUGUUGGCACGUUGCGACCUAAAGGACAAUGGAAAUGGUGCUGCGAUUGACAACAAGUGUUCGUCAUUCUCACUCACCAAGACGGGUGUCACUGUCGAUGACGACACACCCACCAAUGCCAAGAUUAUGAUUCUUACAUCCAUCUCGUAUCUCAUUGUGCAAGGUGUCGCAUUUGCCUACCUCAAGGACCCAGAGCGUGGACAAGGUGUUGAAAAGUGGUUUGCAUUGGUUGGUUUUAUCAUUUGCUUUGCCUUGUUGAUUCUCUAUUCCGUCUAUCAAGUCGUCUCACCCAAACUACAAGAGAAAAAGAUUGCAGAGGCCAAGCGUCAAUACCUCACCAAACAAACCAUCCACCACUUUAUCCACAAUCUCAACAUCAUGUCUAGAAAACGUACAGAAUCUAAAUCACCAUCUAUCACAGGUAACAAUAACACUGGUGAAAGUGACGAACACUCUCCACUUAUUCAAGACGAGCAUCAAAAGUUGCCAGUCGAUGUCAAGGGUAUGGGUUUGAAAUGGAAGGCAAACGCCAAGAAAAAGGCACUUGCCAAGGAACAAGAAGCUGAAGCAUCAACUUCGAUCCAAGUCAAGGAAGAAGAACCAGUAGAAAAGGAAGAAGAAAAGCCAGCAUCUGAAGAAGUUCACAACAAGAAAAAGACUAUCAUCCACGGUUCCAUUCUCUUGGCAAUUGGUUCGGUUAUGGUUUCUGUCUUUUCCGAUCCAAUGGUCGACGUUAUCACCGACUUUGGUACCAAGCUAGACAUCAACCUCUUUUUCAUCUCAUUUAUCGUCACUCCAUUCUGCUCCAAUGCCUCUGAACUCAUCUCGUCACUCAUCUUUGCCUCGAAAAAAAGAAAACAAAACAGCUCUCUCACCUACUCUGCCCUCUAUGGUAGUGCCACCAUGAAUAAUACCCUCUGUCUUGGUAUCUUUUUUGCACUCGUCUACUUUAGAGAUCUAACUUGGGAGUUCUCUGCUGAAACUGUUACCAUUCUAUUUGUAACUGUUUGUGUUGGUUUAAUUGGUUCUUUAAAGAAAACAAUGAAACUUUACCUUGCUCCACUUGUUUUAUCAUUAUAUCCAUUCUCACUUGUAAUUGUAUAUCUUUUAGAAACAUUUGCUCAUUGGCAAUAA